AACCCCACCACUGCGCAUCAUUUGCUAGCCCGCCUUCGUCAAUGCCCCGCAAUCUCGAGAGAAAAAGUUUUCCGUCGGCCGGCACGAAAAUGACAACGACAUUUUCCUGUUCUCGAGUCGACAUCCGCAUGACGCCUCGCAAAAGCGUCGCACACCUUGGCACAAGUCCCCCCUGAGUCGCUGGAAUACGCCAUUACUCUCCGACUAAUACACAACCGCAACCUGAGACCAUGUGUGGUGUCUCGGCCAUAUUGCUAGGCGACUCGGAAGCCACCACCGCCGCCGUCGACCUGCACGAGUCCCUCUAUUAUCUUCAGCAUCGCGGACAGGAUGCUGCGGGCAUUGCCGUAUGCCAGGGCGGAAGGGUCUCCCAGUGCAAGGGUCUGGGCAUGGCCAGCAAAGUCUUUGCCGAGGGCAGACGGCUGCAACAACUUCCGGGCUACAUGGGGCUGGGUCAUGUUCGCUAUCCAACCAUGGGAACGGCGUCUGCGUCUGAAGCACAGCCAUUUUACGUCAAUGCGCCGUUCGGAAUCUCGAUGAGUGUGAAUGGUAACCUCGUAAACACCGAAGACCUUCGCAAGUUUCUAGAUGAGGAAGCUCACCGGCAUGUCAACACUGAUUCGGACUCGGAGCUCCUCCUGAACAUCUUCGCACAUGGUCUUCAAAAGCUCGGCAAGACUCGUGCCAACUCAGACGACAUCUUCACUGCACUGGGUGACGUGUAUGAGAAGUGUCAAGGGGCGUUUGCAUGCACCGUCAUGAUCGCGGGUUUUGGAAUCCUGUGCUUUCGGGAUGCUAAUGGAAUCCGCCCUCUGUGUCUUGGAUCACGACCCUCUGCUACCUUGCCUGGAGCGACAGAUUACGCUAUGGCUUCGGAAUCUGUUGCCUUGAAGCAGCUUGGCUUUAGUGAUAUCGUGGAUAUAUUGCCAGGUGGAGCCGUCUUUUGCGAGAAAGGGAAAGCCCCUAUAUUCCGCCAAGUUGUCGAGCGGAAAGCUUACACACCAGACUCUUUUGAGUACGUCUACGUCGCGCGCCCGGACUCCUGCAUCGAUGGUAUCUCGGUGUACCGUAGUCGGCAAAACAUGGGAGAGAAGUUGGCCAAGAAGAUCAGGGAUGUCCUUGGAGAGAAAGGGAUUGAGGAUAUUGAUGCUGUCAUCCCAGUUCCUGAGACGAGCAAUAUCGCAGCAGCUACUUUAGCUAACAAGCUGGGGAAGCCGUACGUGACUGCUCUCAUCAAGAACCGAUACGUCCACCGCACUUUCAUCCUUCCUGAUCAAGCUCUGCGGCAGCAGAGUGUCCGCCGCAAACUCUCGCCUAUCGAGUCAGAGUUCCGAGGAAAGAAUUUGAUCAUUGUGGACGACAGCGUCGUUCGUGGCACUACAUCUCGACAAAUCGUUCAAAUGGCAAGGGAAGCAGGAGCGGCUCGAGUUGUGUUCGUUUCGUGCUCCCCAGAAUGCACACAUCCACAUAUCUACGGCAUAGACCUCGCGGACCCUGAGGAUUUGGUCGCGCAUGGCAAGACGCGGCAAGAGAUUGCCAAGUAUAUCGAUGCCGACGACGUUAUUUUCCAGGACCUCGACGAUUUGAAGUCCGCGUGCAUGGAGGCGGCCGAGAGUACGAGUCAGGUCGACGACUUUGAGGUGGGCGUCUUCUGCGGCAAGUAUGUCACAAAGGUGCCGGAGGGAUAUUUAGAGCACCUAAGCGAGCUUCGAAGUGGGAAGCGGUGGCAAAAGGCUGCUGUGACGAAUAUAAAGCCUGGCAGGGAUGAGGAGGGAAGCGUGGUCGCCAGUUCGGGACCUACGAACCGGCCACAGGAGGGUAACGACAUCAGUCUUUACAACUAUCGCAAGUGAACUUAGGGUUCGUCAGAAACUGUAAAAAUGAUUAAGAUUUAUGGUGGCAUUUUUUCCGCAUUAAUCAAGCUCGGCGCCGUCUCGCUUUUUGCCUGGGCUCUGAGCUUUUUGAAAAUCUUGAGAUUUUCCUCAGCGAGAUCGUAAUUGUCAUCUUCCCCCUUCUUCCGACUUUCGCGUUUGCUUUCUCUAGCUGUGAUCCCCGCCGUUCCCAUUUUGCCUGGCCUGUGGGACUCGUAUUGCCAUUGAUCAGGAUCACAUGCCUUUCUGCUGCGGUACUAUAUUCUCAUCGCAGUAGGCGCCAGCGACGAGAUGUAACGGGUGAUGGAUCUGUUCUGCUAGGGUUAUGUCGCAGUCUCAUCUACCAAUUCUCCAAAACAGGUAUGCGUAUAAACUCGAAU